UUCAAUAUUAUUUAGUAGAGUUACGUUUGUCAUUUAUAAACGUGCGAGUUUAUUUUUCGCAAUUGUUAUUAUAAAAUUAUAUUGAAAGUAAAAUGAUUUAUAUAAGAAUGAAAUAUUUAAGCUGUGUGUUUUUAAUGACCUUACUAUCCUUAGCUUAUGCUAGUCCCUCCGAUUCAAGUCUUAGAUUAAAAUUACAACGUUUACUCCGAGAUCCAGAAUAUGAUGAUGGUGAAAAUGAAAUUAAACCACGUCAAAUACAGGGUAUGCUUUUAAAAGAUCUACGUGAACAUAACCUAUUUGAUUCGUCAUCCGAAGAAAGAUUUUAUAUGAAUUUAAAUAAAGUAGAAAAAACUUCAGAAAGAAGUAUUCUCUCGAAAGAAGAGAAUUUAUCAAUAUCAACCACCACUAGUACCUCUAUACCACCAACAGUGGCAGCAGCCCCAACGACCUCGGGACAAAGAACGCGCCCUAUUAUAGUGGGUAUAGAACGUUUAAGUUCAAUGAUUUCCCGUUUAAUAGAUAUGUGGAGAAAUCCUUAAUUUGCAAUGUUGGUAAUAUAGAGAACAUAUUCUAAUUUAUAACUUAAACAGACCCAUGCGAUACUAAAACCGGUAUUAUUAGCUUUAAGCUGGAUUUACCCACAACAGCUUCUGUUUUUAUGUUCUAUAUAUUUGGCGAUAGUUUAAAAAAAUAUAUUUGUUUUUUGUUUAAAUUAUGCUAAACUCAUAUUUUUUAUUUAAAAUUUAAAAUUCUAAUUUAUAUUAAUAAAAUUCUAAUUUAUAUUAAAUAUGUAUAAAAUAUUUCUAGAAUACGUUUUACAUUAACAAGUACGUGCCCCCCGCUUGGAGCAUUCUUGUAUAUUAACUUGUCUGAAAUCUGCAAAGAAAACAAAUAAAUAAUAAAAAUUUUUGUUAAAAAUUUCUUUUAA